AUGUUUAACGAAUAUGAGACUAGGCUCAAAAAUAUUUUUCUAGAUCCUUAAAUUGUACAAUCCUAUGAUUUUAUUUCUAAAAUUCAGUUGUAUCCUAAGGACUAAAUCAUAUUUAAAUAUGGAGAUCAUAAUAAAUUCUUCAUGGUUCUACAAAAUGGAUAAACAUCCUAAAAUAUUUCCUUUAUUCCUAUAGGGGUUAUUCAAAACAAUAUUAAAUGUUUAAGUGAUUGUACAUUUAGAAUUAUUGAUGAAUAGUAAUUUGAAAUGUUAAACAAGGCAAAAAAUAACUAUAAAAAAAAAAUACUAGACUUUUUAUACAAUUUACCUAUUUUUAAAGAAGUAAAAGAUGUCAAAUUUAACUUUGUUAUUGAAGAUUAUAAAUUAGGUUAAACUUGUUUGAAUGAAUAAGAAUAUUCUAAAUCAUUAUUUAUUAUUUAUGAUGGGUAUCAUUUUUUAUAAUAAAUAAUAGAGAAUUUCUAAUAAGAAAAAGAUGGAAUAAAAGUUAUAUUGACAUUGGAUAAGUAUGCAAAGGAGAAAUUAUUAACGAUUAUGAAUGUUCUAAUUGUUUAAUUUCUUAAUUUUAGAUUCUUUGUAAAUCUUAGACUGCACAAGUUAUUAAAAUUGAAGAUUAUAAAAGAAUAGUUGAUCUAAAUGAUUUUACAAAAAUUGCUGCUGAAAAAUUUAAUUAUAGAUUAUCAAGAUAUAAACGAAUGACUGAUUUUAAAUCAGGUAUUAGAAUAUUUUAAUAAAUUUAGGAAAUUGUGAUUAUCAAUAGCCAUUUGAACCAGAAAUUUUACCAUUAAGAGAUGUGAUCAAUAGAGUACAAACUUCUUAAGGAAGAUAAAGAUAGACACUCUAAAUAACUAUUGAUGAAGAAGUAAAGAAAAAGGUGCAAAUUAAAAUGGGAACCUAUAAAAUUGUAUAGAACAGAAAAAGAAAUUAUUCAUUGAUAUAAUGA